AUGACACAGGAAUGGAUGACACAGGUAUACAUCACGGACGAGGACGAGGUCGAGGACGAGGACGAGAAGGACGAUUCCCUCGGUCUCUCUCAGCUUGUAUGCGGUCAGCGGCUACCGUCUCGUUCACCGACUCCCAACCUCCGCGCACCAAUGCAUUCUCAACCGUACGGCGGCUAUGUGGAGGCGUACGAGGUAUCGUCGCGGUAUUCAGAUGCCGAAAAUGAUUUCCACGACAACGAUGACGACGGACAACCCGUUGCGGAUGAUUCUUUGGCGGUGGCAUCAGGAGACGCGAUGUCGUGGAGCGCCACGCCGGAUAGAGCUGAGGAAUUGAGUUUGGCAAACGAGAAUGAGCAGGGGGACCGUCAAAGCAACCAGGAUGAAAUCGUCGCCAGCACGUAUCCCAUCAGGCGAUCCAAAUACCACACUCAAUCCCAGGCAUCGCCUGAGGCCGAGGAGGAGGAGGAGCAGGAGGAGGAAGAAGGAGUAGUUGACCCGCGUGAAGAAUCAUUAUCUCCAGAGGUUGAUUCCGAGUUUGAGGAACAGGUCGAGUCGUACAACAGGAAAUCGACGCCUUCAGCAUCGCCACGGUCUGUUAGAACGCGUGGCGCCCUUGCCAGCGGUAGCAAGGACAUCCCCAGCGAGUCAAAGGGAACAGCAACAGUAACAGUGGAGAGUCAGACAUCAGCAUCGCCACGGUCUGUUAGAACGCGUGGCGCCCUUGCCAGCAGUAGCAAGGAUAUUCCCAGCGAGUCAAAGGGAACAGAAGCAGCAACAGUGGAGAGUCAGACACAUAGCAGGAGGGCACUACAACCUUCACCAGUAUCAGCACCAGCAUCAAUAUCAGCAACUCCUACUCGCGCGCCACGCCGCUCAUUGCCAGACGACGUCAAACGACAACUCAACAAAGACACGAUCGACCUCCUGUUGCAGAACCCACAUAUGAGCGGUGUGUUCCUCAGCGUGGAUAUCCCAAUCUUUCCCAAGAAUGAAGGAUACACGGAUAACACCAAUGGAGGAUACACGGAUAACACCACAGCGACGACAAACGUGGAGGCGGAGUAUUCAGGAAGAAAACGCAUCGCAAAGGGAGGUUCACGACGGCGAACGAAAUUGCCAUCCUCCCAGCCACCAUCAUCGUCAUCACCAUCACCAUCACCAUCGCCAGCGCCAACGCCAACGCCUUCACCGCAACGGCGGUCGGGACGAGCUCAGCAGUCCGAUCGAAGGUCCAGUCUUCGAACAAGAACCCAUCGUCCAGGAUCUUACUUGGAAGUCGAGGGUAGCGAGGAUGAGGUGGAGCAGCCGCAGGAGGACGCCGGCAUUGAUGGGUAUGAGGACCGCAGGACGAUUGCACCUAUCCACAGUCGAUCUGUGGACGGACCCCCUCUCCCGCCCAAGAAACGGAUACGAACAUUGGUGUCGCUCCAGGAGAACCAGACAUCCGAAAGCCAGCCACGCCGACGUGAACUUGGACGACCAAGAAAAACACCUCCUCCGGACUCGGAUUCAAGCUCUGAUACAGGAGCUGUGGUUCGCAAUGGACGGAGGAGGAGCCUUGGUGGAUCGAGGCUGUUACUUUCUACACUCCCAUCUCCAGAAGAAGAACUUGAACAGGAGGAAGAAAUUGUACCAGAGCCAUCAGAACUGAUGCCAUCGCCAUCGCCAUUGCCAUUGUCGCAGGAGACGAGCUCACGCGUGUCCGACGAAGCUGAGGGCAACAACAAUGCCCAGGACCGGGAACAGGGAAGUGACCAUUAUCAGCGCCGGGAAUUGACUAAACUCCGGCGGGCGUGGAAGGAGCAUGGGAUCCUUUGGCCUUUACAUACCGCCACCGCCGUCGUCAAUGUCACGUCUUCUCGCCGUCCCAGGAAAGAUUCGCCGCCGGAGGAGUACACAGCCAACUUUGUGUUUGGGUCCGCCUUGCCCCUUCCUCGCUGA